AUGCACGCGGGGGUGGACCUCCAUCGCACGGCCCCUACCCCGCCUCCCAGCCCCGCCCAGCGGCCAGCCCAGACCUACCGUCUGGAGUUCAAAGAUCAGUGUGUGAAGACCUGUGGCGCUCCGGAUCCCAAGGUCUCCCCAUCCACACAGCCCUCUACAAGCAACCCCGGGAGGCCUCAGGGGCGUGGCCACUCAGACGAGAAAGGCUUCCCCGGCUCCGCCUGCUGCUACGUGCUCACUUUCCUCUUCACGGGCCCCUUCUGUUCCCUUCUCCUGCUCUUCCUCCUCUUCACAUCGCUCUGGUAUUUCUCUGUUCUCUACUUGGUACGGUUCUUCCUGGACCGGGACACACCUGCCCAAGGAGGAAGGCGUUCUCAGUGGAUGAGGAACUGGACUGUUUGGAAGCACCUAAGGGAUUAUUUUCCCAUAAAACUGGUGAAAACAGUAGAGCUGCCGCCUGACCAGAGCUACCUGCUGGUCGCUCACCCACAUGGGAUCAUGGCCAUGGGAAUCCUCUGUAACUUCUCCACUGAGAGCUCCGGCUUCUCCCAGCAGUUCCCCAGGCUUCGGCCCUUGACGGCCAUGCUGAAUGGCCUCUUCCAUUUCCCAGUCUACCAAGACUACCUUCUAUCCUUUGGAGGAUGUUCCGUGAACCGCCAGAGCCUGGAUUUUAUUCUGUCACAGCCUCAGGUCGGGCAGGCUGUGGUCGUCCUGGAGGGGGCCCACGAGUCCCUGUAUGCCAUCCCAGGGGAGCACUGCCUCACUGUCCAGAAUCGGAAAGACUUUGUCCGCCUGGCACUGAGGCACGGCGCUUCUCUGGUGCCCGUGUACUCCUUUGGGGAGAAUGAUAUCUUCAGAGUUAAGGCUUUUGCCCCAGACUCGUGGCAGCAUCUGUGCUAGAAGAUGCUGGGCUUCAAGAAGCUCCUGGGCUUUUCUCCUUGCAUCUUCUGGGGCUGUGGUCUCUUCUCAGCCAACUCCUGGGGCCUGGUGCCCUUCUCCAGGCCCAUGACCACUGUGGUGGGCUGCCCCAUCCCGGUGCCCCAGUGUCUCCGGCCCACCGAGGAGCAGGUUGACCACUCUUACAUGCUCUACGUGAAGGCUCUGGAGCAACUGUUUGAUGAGCACAAGGAAAGCUGCGGUGUCCCAGCUUCCACUCGCCCCACCUUCAUCUAGCCCCGGCCUUACCCCUCCCCCCACACCCACUAGCCCCCCCAGCCCCUGAUCCCAGUGCCCUGAGACCCCCACCUACUGCCAUGCUACUGCGCCAAUAAAAGGUAGUUCUCUCACACCACUACUUCGUAGAAUCAGAUGCUUGCCAUCGGAUUCUCAGCUCCACCAACAACUGACCGUGGCCUUAUCCAAGUCACUUAAGCUUUUCAAACCUCAGUUUCCUCCUUAUAACACGGGGCUACCUACUUCAGAGUUGCAGGGUUUCUAAUUUUUAUUGAAAUACAACACAGAGAAGUGCACAGAUCACAAGGACACGGCUUGAUUUUUCAUCCACUGAACAUACACGGGGUUGUCCUGGGAAGUGAAUGAGAUGUACUCAGGCUCGUGGGACAGCUGCAAUGGCGUCCUUGGUGUGGAUUGAGGAGAACUGUCAGCCAUCGUCUUCCCACCCAUCUCUACCCUUGGAUUUCUCUGCUGGGUGGGUGCCCACUCACCCAGGAUGGAGCCAGGAGGAAACAUCUGGAAGUCUUUUCUGAGAAAGAAGAGAGGGGU